CUAACUCGCAAACUGUUGCAUUUGCUCCGCACUUCCCUGCGCCCCCUCGGAGAUCCCAGAGAGCCGGCGUGCUGGGAGAGCCCGUGCGUCCCGAAGCAACGUGGAGCAGAGGAGGCGACGGAGGUAAGGCGACCGAGCUAGCUGCUCCCGUGCGUGACUAGAGCCUAAGGAACACAUCGCGUCAACCCCAGCCAGGCUCGGGCAAGGGCCGACGCCUCUUGCGGCUCAGCAGCUCGAAGCCGCCGCCCCGGAGCUGCCCUUUCCUCUUUGGUGAAGUUUUUGAAAGCUGCCAGAGAGACUCGGAGAAAGCAAGGAAAGUGCCUGGUAGGACUGACGACUGCCUUUGUCCUUCCUCCUACCCUCUUUCCCUCUCGGGUCUCCUCUCCUGCAGCUGCCUCAGAUUGCUCCUCUGUACCCGCCCACUCCCCUCCCCCAAGUCUGCCCUGUAAGACCAGCUGGAGUUUGCAGAGAGGUAACUCCCUUUGGCUGCGGGCUGGCGAGCUAGCUGCACGUUGCAAAGCCGGCUCUGGGAAGACGUCUCUGGGGAGAAGGUCGACCUGGGAGCGGCUUCAGCACUACAGCCAAGACCUGGCCGGUUAGGCGGGGCGCGGGGCGGCCCGCAGGUUCCCCCUCUACCACCCACUGCAUGCACCUCCUCAGCCAGUUUGUGGGGCAAGAGAUCGCUGGGUGAAAAGGCAGGGCUUCAGUAGCCAAAAGCAAAACAAAAGCAAGCAAGCAAGCAAGCAAGCAAAGAAACAAACAAGAAAAACCAAGACAAGCAAACAACGACAACAACAAAUCGACUCAAAACAAAACAAAACAUCCAAAGCAAAAAGAAAAUAACCCGGUUCCUAUCUGCACCUGCUUCAGUGGACACUGAAUUUGGAAAGCGGAGGAGUCUCCUUUUUUUUUUUUUUUCCUUCAAGGUUUGAGCUGCUUUUGAAUUAACUCUCCAAGUAUUCAGAAACAGACUGCUGGCUUAGCAGAGCAGAUCUUGUGCAGCACGUGUUUUCCUCUGCGCGAGACUUUUAGACUGUCAGAGCGCGUUUCUGAGGUUAUUCCCUCAAGUUUCCGUCUUAGAGCUUCCCGCAGGUGGGCUGCUAGCUGCAGAGACUACCGCAUCGCAGCCUGUUGAACUCUUUUUAGCAAGAGAGGGGACGCGAGGUAAAGGGGUUGGGUGGAAGAUUCAACCAAGCUCAAGGAUGGAGGUGCAGUUAGGACUGGGGAGGGUCUACCCCAGGCCGCCUUCCAAGACCUACAGGGGAGCUUUCCAGAAUUUAUUCCAGAGUGUGCGUGAAGUGAUCCAGAACCCUGGGCCCCGGCACCCUGAGGCCUCCAGCACAGCACCUCCCGGCGCCCGUCUGCAGCAGCGGCAGGAGACCAGUUCCCGGCAGCAGCAGCAGCAGUGUGAGGAUGGUUCUUCCCAAACCCAGAGCAGAGGGCCCACGGGCUACCUGGCCUUGGAUGAGGAACGGCAGCCUUCACAACAGCAGUCAGUUCCCGAGGGCCACCCUGAGAGCAGCCGUGUCCCUGAGCACAGAGCAACCGUGGCUGCCGGCAAGGGGCUGCAGCAGCAGCCACCAGCACCUCCGGAUGAGGAUGACUCAGCUGCCCCAUCCACAUUGUCCCUGCUGGGCCCCACUUUCCCGGCCUUAAGCAGCUGCUCUGCUGAUCUCAAAGACAUCCUGAGUGAGGCCGGCACCAUGCAACUCCUGCAGCAGCAGCAGCAGCAGCAGCAGCAGCAGCAGCAGCAGCAGCAGCAGCAGCAGCAGCAGCAGCAGCAGCAGCAGCAGCAGCAGCAGGAGGCUGUGUCUGAAGGUAGCAGCAGCGGGAGAGCCAGGGAAGCCCCUGGGGCUCCCUUGUCCUCCAAGGACAGUUACCCAGGGGGCACCUCAACCAUCUCAGACAGCGCCAAGGAGUUGUGUAAGGCAGUGUCCGUGUCCAUGGGCUUGGGUGUGGAGACAUUGGAACAUCUGAGUCCUGGGGAACAGCUUCGGGGAGAUUGCAUGUAUGCCCCGCUCCUGGGAGGUCCACCUGCUGUGCGUUCCACUCCUUGUGCCCCCCUAGCUGAAUGCAAAGGUUCUUUGCUGGAUGAUGGCCCAGGCAAGGGCACCGAAGAGACUGCUGAGUAUUCCCCUUACAAGGCAGGUUAUGCCAAAGGACUGGAAGGCGAGAACCUUGGUUGCACUGGCAAUAGUGAAGCAGGGUGCUCUGGAACACUUGAGCUGCCACCCACCCUGUCUCUCUACAAGUCUGGAGCACUGGAGGAGGCAGCAGCUUAUCAGAGUCGCGACUACUACAACUUUCCACUAGCCCUGGCUGGGCCACCGCCCCCUGCACCACCUCCUGGACAUCCUCAUGCCCGCAUCAAGCUAGAGAACCCCUUGGAGUAUGGUAGUGCCUGGGCAGCUGCGGCAGCACAAUGCCGCUAUGGGGAUUUAGGGAGCCUUCACACCGGAGGUGCUGCAGGGCCAGGCACAGGCUCACCCUCAGCUGCCACCUCCUCCUCCUGGCACACUCUCUUCACAGCUGAAGAAGGCCAGCUCUAUGGGCCCUGUGGGAGCAGCACAGGUGAGGCAGGGUCUGUAGCCACCUUUGGUUACACUAGGCCACCUCAGGGGCUGGCAAGCCAGGAAGGAGACUUUAACUCACCUGAUGUGUGGUAUCCCGGUGGAAUGGUGAGCAGAGUGCCCUAUCCAAGUCCCAGUUGUGUCAAAAGUGAGAUGGGCCCCUGGAUGGAGAGCUACUCUGGACCUUAUGGGGAUAUGCGUUUGGAGACUGCCAGGGACCAUGUUCUUCCUAUUGACUACUACUUUCCACCUCAGAAAACCUGCCUGAUUUGUGGGGAUGAAGCUUCUGGCUGUCACUAUGGAGCUCUCACUUGUGGAAGUUGCAAAGUCUUCUUUAAAAGAGCAGCUGAAGGAAAACAGAAGUACUUGUGUGCCAGCAGAAAUGACUGUACUAUUGACAAAUUCCGAAGGAAGAAUUGUCCAUCUUGUCGCCUACGGAAAUGCUAUGAAGCAGGGAUGACUCUGGGAGCUCGGAAACUGAAGAAACUUGGUAAUUUGAAACUACAGGAGGAAGGGGAGUCUUCCAGUGCCACUAGCCCCACUGAGGAGCCAACUCAGAAGCUGACAGUGUCACACAUUGAAGGCUAUGAAUGUCAACCAAUCUUUCUGAAUGUCCUGGAAGCCAUUGAGCCAGGUGUGGUAUGUGCAGGACAUGACAACAACCAGCCCGACUCCUUCGCAGCCUUGCUCUCUAGCCUCAACGAACUGGGCGAAAGACAGCUUGUACAUGUGGUGAAGUGGGCCAAGGCCUUGCCUGGCUUCCGCAACUUGCACGUGGACGACCAGAUGGCAGUCAUUCAGUACUCCUGGAUGGGGCUUAUGGUGUUUGCCAUGGGCUGGCGGUCCUUCACCAAUGUCAACUCCAGGAUGCUCUACUUCGCCCCUGACCUGGUUUUUAAUGAGUACCGCAUGCACAAGUCCCGGAUGUAUAGCCAGUGUGUCCGAAUGAGGCACCUCUCUCAAGAAUUUGGAUGGCUCCAGAUCACUCCCCAGGAAUUCCUGUGCAUGAAGGCACUGCUGCUCUUCAGCAUUAUUCCAGUGGAUGGGCUGAAAAAUCAAAAAUUCUUUGAUGAACUUCGAAUGAACUACAUCAAGGAACUUGAUCGUAUCAUUGCAUGCAAGAGAAAAAAUCCCACAUCCUGCUCAAGGCGCUUCUACCAGCUCACCAAGCUCCUGGAUUCUGUGCAGCCUAUUGCAAGGGAGCUGCACCAGUUCACUUUUGACCUGCUAAUUAAGUCCCACAUGGUGAGCGUGGACUUUCCAGAAAUGAUGGCAGAGAUCAUUUCUGUGCAAGUGCCCAAGAUCCUUUCUGGGAAAGUCAAGCCCAUCUAUUUCCACACCCAGUGAAGCUUUGGAAGCCCCUAUUUCCCUACCCCACCCUCCCCCCCCCUUUCAAAUAUAUGCCUGUUAUAACUCUGCUCUACUUCUCUGCAGUGCCUUGAGAAAUUUCCUCUAUUGAUGUCCAAUUUGUCAUGAAGUUGUUCCUGAGUUCUCUGCUGGGCUUUUUUCUCUUUUCCUACUUUCCCCCUCCUCCUGUGUGACCCUCCAAUGGCACCUUCAAACUCUGCUCCCUGCCACGACUCUUACUGUGCUCUGAAUGUUGUGUACUUCUUUAAAUCUGUGAUGAUCCGCAUGUGGCCCAGUGUCAACUUGUGCUUGUUUAUAGCACUGUGCUGUGUGCCAGCCACACAAACGUUUACUCACCUAAUGCCACAGGAAGUUUAGAGAGCUGAGACUAUCUGGGAAAACAACAACAAAAAACCUUGCUAAGGAUUUUUCCUCUUAAAAAUAUAUAAAAACAAACAGAAAUCCUCAAAGAGGGCCAUGAAUAGAAUAAGGUGAAAAUUGUAGGCCUAUAGGGAGUCAGACUGCUUUUUUUGCAAACCCUCCCUCCCUGGGAGACUUUAUUUUCUGCCAAUGGCUAUUGCCAUUAGAGGGCAGGGUGACCCCAGAGCUGAGUUGAGGGAGAGGGUGGGGGAGGUUAGAUUUAAGAGAGGACAAAGAGGGCAAAUGGAUCACCAGUACCUGCCCACAGCUUUGGCCCCUGAGGCUAAACUGUUCAUCUACAGUGCAAUUCAUUGUACUGAAAAUGUGCUUCUUGUUUGAAAACUUGUCUGUAUGUGAAUGCUCUCCCCCUCCCUUUUCUCUCACACCCUCCUCCUCCACCCAAAAAUUGACUUUCAAUAGUUUUUCUAAGAGCUUUGAACUGAAUGUUCUCUUUAGCCAAAACUUGGCCACUUCCACUGACGAGUCAGACCAGUGAGAAGGAGAGAAGAUAUCUGACCCUUUGGAAAACCCCAUCUGGAUCCAGGUCUGAUUUCUCAUUUGUAGGCCAGGGAGGAGCUUGAGGCAAGAAUCAGAAGGGAAAGGAACUGGUGGCUUGGCUGUUUUCCUGAUUAGGACAUUGAAGAUUUCAUCUAUAGCUAUCCCCACAUUUAAAAGACCUAAAUGUUUUCUGCCUGACUACAUGCAGCUGCAAGCUACAAUGCUACCUUCAGUGUCCUUUGGACUUGAACUUCCUGGACUGCAUUUCAGCUAUGGAGGUGAAGCUUGUUUACAUCUUUGGGUAUGUCCAUAGACUCUACUAAGAGUACCCCCUCCCCACACCGAAGGUCAGCAAGACAUUACUGACAUUUAUCUCUAGAUGCCAGGACAUUGAAGACUCUUGCAGAUCAUGUCAUCAACCAUUAGAUCUCUAGAACCUUUAGACAAACUGAAAAGAAGGCCUCAACAGGAUUGGACAAGCUGGACAAUUUUGCCCUUGUCCUCCAGAGAUAAUACCUUUUCGCCAAGUAGAGAAAUUUCCACUUCCUUUUUCAGAGCAGCUAAAAGAGUUACACAUAUCAAGGUUGAAGAGAAAACUCAAUUACUAGUGUGGGAAGAAUGAAGGCAUUAAAACCAGAAAUAUUGUAAAUGUUUCGCUUGCCACCCAGCAUAUCAACCUGAAGAAGUCAUGAGGAGAAGAGAGAAGAAACCAAGGGGGAGACACAGAUGGCUAAAGUCAUGUCUCCAAAAGCAAAUUUUAAAACCAGAUGGGCAUCCUCUGAUGUGAUUACUAAUCAUCCUCUUCUGCUGCUGAUUCUGGGCUCUGACCAUACUUAUUUAGAUUCCCCAACUUUGUUGCUGCCUCUCAGUCAGAGGGAUACUGAAACAUUGAGACUCCAAAACCAUGGCCUCCUAUAGAAAGGCUCCAAUGGGCUGCCACCCAUGAACUCAGGGUGUGUUCUUGGGCACACCUCUGUUCUGUUGAUUUUGUUUCCCAAUCCUGAAUACAGAGGAAAAUUCACCAACUUUGUCAUCUUGACCUCCAUCUCCAUACUUAGCUCUUAACUUCAUCUGCUAAACUCAAGAAAUUAAGGGCCAGCCACCAAAGCUGCCUGUUUCAGUUGGUUCACUCUACUCAUUGAGAAGAUAAUUUUGAGUAAUGUCAUAUGGUCGACAUGAAUUUCCUCCUAUGAUUUCUGUGUUGAUAUUAAUAGCCAGAAGAACUUGCAAAACAGCUUCUCUAAAUAACAAGGAACAGGUGAAUCCAAGAUGGGUAUUAACCAAUCCAAGACUGCUGGAGAUAACUAAAACUGACUGGUUCUCUUUCUAGGGUAGGCUGGACAAUUUUUGGUUUUCUUUGAUAUGAAUCAUUUGACUUAUGUAAGCUCACAGAAUCACUUUUAGAUGUUUAAACAGAAAAAAAAAUCAUUCACUUUUCAUUGAAACUAUAAUAGGUUAAAUUUUAAUAGUUCCUUUGCAUCUGUUUUGAAAUGUUUUUCAGCAUUUAUGGUACGUGGAUUCGAUUAUAUCAUUCUAAUACCUCUACUUGUAAAUACUAAAGGCUCUUCUUUACAUUUUUCAGACUACCAAAUUUUUCAACUUUAUGGAUUACCCAAUCGUGACUCUUGUCUUUAUGAAUAUGUUUUUCAUUUGUGAAAGCUAAAAUUCAGUGAAAUAGCAGUGUAAUUAAAAGCAGCAACAACUACAUUACUCCGAAUUUCCAAAUGGCAAGACUAGGGGAAAAUGCCCUGAAUAAUGCUUCAGGCCUAUUGUUUUUAUACUGGGUUUUCAGUGAGCAAAAAUAUUUUAGCUUGACGUUGUUCUCUCAGAGAUAAAAGGAAGGUUUUUUUUUAACCAUUGUUGUUCCAGUCAGUGUAAUUGACAGAAGUCUCAUUUUGCAUGCACUGUGCUCUACAAAGAGACUUGAUAUGGAUGGUACACUGUGCUCACCUGUGAAGGAUCAGCUACCGACCAAUUCACCUGGUGAGCUGGAAGAUGAGGAUCACUCACCAGACAAGUUGCAAGGACUAUCUCCAGAGGGGUUUGUAGUGUUUCAUGGCUUGGUGAGUGAGGAAGAGAGAAAGAAGCACCAGGGAAAGGACCCGUAUGUGCUGGGCAGCACAUAGCUGCCAGGGUCACAAACUCUGUGGUCAAAGAAAAGAGUCAUGUGGCCAUUUCAGCUCUUGUUCAUUGGGCAACUCUCCCGGGCCUGACCUCUGAGCUGAAAUGAGUGAUGGGUUAUUUGUUUCAUAGUUUUUCUAUGCCACAGACAGUAUCAUUGUUUUUGGAGAGUUGUUAAUAUUUUUAAUAAGAAAGGGGUUUUUGGAGGAGUUCUGCCAUAUAUCUUAAAAAAAGAAAAUCAGUAAUACAUAUAUUUUUCUGUAUUUUCACCAGCACUAAAAAAGGGGAAAAAAGUUUUUCUCUGUCCUUUGGGUAGUUGCUGAUAUACGCAUAUAUAGUAAGAAGUAUUCUAUUUGUACUUUAAGAGAAAAUAGACCUACCACCCACAUGAUACGGAUACUACACAAGUGACCUAACUUACAUGUUCAAGUAGCUUUUAAGUGUUUGUUUCUUUAGGCACAGCACAGACGUGGCCUUGCCCUAUUUUUGCCCCUGAUACACAGCAGGGCAUAUAAAACCCAAGUCACUCCCUCUACCCCUUCCUAUCCCUCUGCAAGGGCUUCACUUUCUGAGACUCUCCCACAUAGCCCAGUAACUACUAUUGCAUGGUCCCUGCAUGACCCUGAGAAAAGAAGAGGCUGACUAAUUACCCUGUGCCACUUGCCCAGGUGAGAGGGCAGUGGGCUAUGGGAGUGGUCUUCAUGUUUGACCCAUGUAGAAAGUCAUGGGAACAAGGAAUACUAAAGCACAGGAUCAAAUCCUAAUCUUAAAGUCAAAAGAAGUAAUUUAGCAUGUGCAAUUUCUUGUAAAAGGAAGUUUCUACCCCUGCUGCCUUUUAUAGGCAGGUUUGUUCUCACCACUAAUCUCUUUGAACAUCUUUGAAAGCAGUUAAAAAAAAAGACAAAGAGAUGAAAGCAUCAUAUUAUGUAACCAAAGAUUACACUCUAUCUGCUAAGAUACCAAAAUUUUUAAGGGCAGGGAGGGAGGGAGAAUUAGUGCCUCUUCAGUAAGCUAGCCAAAGACGGACUAAAGGACUGCUGGUGACUGACUCCUAAGAGUUCUGUGCCCACCCCCAACCACAAUAUACUUGUUUAGGAGAGUGGAAGAUAAUUUUGGAAAAAAAAUGGGAUUAUGGGUUCCUUCACAAAAUGAUUUUAUAGGCAAAAUUAGCUUUCUUUUUCUCUAUUAGUUGCUCAAAAAAUUCUUAAAGCUCCUUCAAUGCAUGGUUUGAAAUGGAGCUGUCUUGGUCACUGUGUUUGCUAAUGCCCAUGUUGGCUUAUCUGAAGGUAAUAAUUGAGCCCUUGCUGAGGAGAGCAUUUAAAGGAUAAGAUUUUGCACUAGAGGGACAACAGACAGUAAUUCUCAUUUCUGACCACUUUGGACAGCCCAACAAGUUCUCGGUGGUUUAAGUUAGACAGUUGAAAUACAUUAUAAAUGAGCAUUUGUAUCCAUGUUUU